CUCUCUCUCUCUCUCUCUCUCCCACAUCUCAUUGUUUCAGAACAGGCCAAAUUUGAAAUCCUUUUCAGGGAGUGGUCUGUUCGUCUUACUCUCCAGCCAAAGUGGGAAUAGCUUGAGGAGGAGAGAAACCCAUUCGGCAGCCAGAAGACCCAGCGGAAAGAGCAGAGGACAAGAGAUAAGAUGCUGCUGUCAGGACCGAAAGCCCUGCUGUUCUGCACUGUCUUCAUCAUCCCCUUUGGCUGGACACACCUUGGGGCCAGAGGUCAACGAGGAGACGAUGUGACUCAAGCAACUCCUGAACUUUUUACAGAAGAUCCUAAUCUGGUGAAUGAUCCUGCUACAGACGAGACAGUUCUGGCUGAUAUCGAGCCUUCCACAGAUGACCUGGCAAACAAAAACCACUGGAAAUGUAUUCAUAAAGACUUGGCCGGUGAUAGAAAUGCCAGCACAGAGUGCCGGGAUGAGAAAUUCGCCUGCACACGGCUCUACUCUGUGCACCGACCAGUCAAGCAGUGCAUCCACCAGCUUUGCUUCACCAGCUUGAGACGCAUGUACAUCAUCAACAACGAAAUCUGCUCUCGUCUCGUCUGUAAAGAACAUGAAGCCAUGAAAGAUGAACUGUGCCGUCAGAUGGCUGGUUUACCACCAAGACGACUCCGUCGCUCCAACUACUUCCGCCUUCCUCCUUGUGAAAAUGUGGAUUUGCAGAGACCCGGGGGUCUCUGAUCAACCAGAAGAGUAAAGGAAAAACAAAAACAAAAAAAA